UGACAGUUGUUUAACGAUAGGCGGUUGGUUAAUCUUGAUGUCCCGCCUAUUUCACUCUCGGCCAAUCAGAUUCUGCCUGUUCGCUGCCAGCCAAUCAGAGGCGGCGAGGCGGUUGUGAGCGUCUUGUUUGUAUGUUAGCUGGGGGCGCUAGCGCCGUUUUAUGGUGUUUUAAAGUGAUUUACGCGGAAUUAAAGCGGAUUUAUAAUCGAUAUAUUACAGUAUAAGUGUGUUAAUAUACAGGAGAAUCGGCGUGCGGUAGUUUAGAGCAGUUUAACAGCAGUAAAAUGCUGAAUAAAGCGAUUAUUUGAGCUACGCUGGACGCUAAGCUACCUGACAACCUGUUGAUUGGAGGAGCAGAAAGAGAGUGGUAAAGCAGAUGUGCUGGGACUGCGCUGUGUGAAGAUGUCCUGCAGGCUCGUGAGUUUCUGUGAGCUGGUUUUGUCCCCCGUCUCCCGCCGGUUAUGAGAGUCUCCGAUGUUUAACUCAGACAGAGGUUUAGCUGAAGAUGUUCUGAGCUUGAGAAACCAGCUGCGGUUAACAGAGAGGAACCUGCAGGCUGUAGGAGAGCAGUUAAGCCAAUCAGAGCAUGACAGCAUCACAGAUCACGGAGCUGAGAUCGGAUCAGUGUUCGAGUCUCCGGAUCAGAUCAGCUUAGAGGAUCUGCAGAAACGCAGUGCUGGAAACCUGCAGCUCAGUCAGAGGAAAUGUUCCAGAGCUCACAGCUGUGACUACAGACUGUGCUCAGUCAGAGAAAUGGAGACCGAGACGUCUCAGCUCAGGAGGAAGUUUAACACCGUCCGGCAGGAGAACUCGUCUCUGGUUCUGGAGAACCGUCAGCUCAUCACCGACCUGGAGACCACACAGCUCGAGCUCGCCAACUCCAAGUCCAAGAUCCGUCUGCUGGGUUCCUCUAUAGGAGCGAAGAGCUCCAGCGUGUCGGUGAUGAAGGAUCAUAUACAGGAUCUGGAGUCUCAGCUGGAGACUCAAACCAAAGCUCUGUGGGAAGCUGAGCAGAAGCUUGCAGCGAGUGAACAGUCUGCAGUGCAGACGGACAGACUGGUGCAGAAACUCCGAGACGAGCUGAAAACUGUUAAAUCUGAAUUAUCUGACUCAAAUCGACAGUGGAAACGGACGGAGCAGCAGAGGAACCAGGCCCUUCGUAACGCAGAGAAACUAACUGUGGCCUUCAAAGACUAUAAAGAAGAUGUUGCUGAAAAGCUGAAGAAGGUGAUGGAGAAUGAAGGAAAGCUGAAAGCCAGUUUGAUAGAGUGUGAUGGAGAAAGAGAGGAGCUGGAGGAGAGGUGUAAAGAACUGGAACGAGAGAAGGAGAGAAUGAGCCAGAACCUCAGGGAGCUGAAGGAGGGUCGUAACCGCGCGGAGUCCGUGGAGGCGGAGCGUGUGGAGCUGCAGGGCCGGUUCCAGCAGGUCUCGGAGCGUCUGAUUGGUCUGCAGAAGGAGCUGAAGCAGAAGGAGGCGGAGCUGGAGGAGGUGUCGGGGCUGAGGAGGGAGCGGGAGGACCUGCGCCUCCUCUCGGCCUGUCAGGAGCAGAGACUGGCCCAGGCUCAGAGAGAGAUGGAGCAGAGCCGGGUGGAGCUGACCAGCCUGGAGAGAGUGCUGGACCUGCUGCACCUCAGAGAGAAUCGUGAGGGGGCGCUGUGUGUGAAUCCCUGUGUUCUGGCAUCGAUUCCUUUCACUGCAAAUACAGAUCAGCUCAGACUCAAACCAGGUGAUGGAUAUCAGAAGCUGCUGAUGGUGCUGCAGACGGUGGAGAAGGAGAAGAACAGACAGAUCAGUGCUGCUCAGAACCUGCAGGACAGACUGAAUAAAGCCCAGCAGGAGAUCUCCUCUCUGCAGACCUCCAUCACCCAGAGAGCCUCCCACUACCAGCAGCUCCACAACCAGCUGCUGGAUAAAGCAGCACAGGCCACCCGGCUGGAGAAGGAGAUGAAGAAGAAGAACACUCGUCUGUCUGUACUGGAGAAACAGCUGCAGGAGAAAACUGCUGCUUACUCACAGUCUGCUAUCAGAACCAGCCAGCUAGAGCAGCAGAUACUGGAGAAGGACAGCAGUAUAAAUCACUAUCAGUCUGUGUUGAAUAAGAAACAGAGGGAGAACCAGCAGAUCCUGGAGAAGAUCAAACUAACAGAGCUGAGCCAACGCAAAGAGCUGGAGGAGCAGAAAGAGGAGCUGCAGGAGUCUCUGGUUCAGUCUAAAGCUGAAGUGGAGGAUCUGAAGCAGGCGGUGUGUUCACUCCGAUUAGAGAAAACUGAAUCACAGCAUCAGCUCAGUCUACUGGAGGCUUCUAUAGCCCAGCUCACACAGGAUUAUGAGAAGAAGUUGAGGAGUAGUAAAGAAGAAAUGCGUAAUCUGGAAGAGCAGACUUUACAAUCUGCUUCUAAGGUGAAGUAUCUGGAAUCGGAGCUGUGUCGCUGUAGUGAGGAGCUGAGUGUGUGUGUGCAGCAGGUGGAACAGAAUAAGCAGCAGUAUGAGACUCAGCUGGAGCUGAAGAACUCUGAGUUGUCCAUCCUGCAGGAGGCAGUGCGGAGCAGAGCUCUGGACUGUAAGAGCUCCAGUGAGGAGAACCUGCAGCUGCAGAUCUCCAUCCAGCGGCAGCACAGCAUGCUGCAGGAGAGCACCACCCGCAUCGCCCAGCUGGAGGAGAGCCAGAACCACCUGCACAGCCAGGUAUCUCAGCUGGAGCGGGAGCGCUCUGCCCGGAUGGAGGAGCUGAGGAAGAAGGAGGAGGAGGUGGAGGAGGUCCGGCAGGAGGUGCAGAAGAAGCAGAAACAGGCCACUGAAUUCUCUUCAUCUAUAACGCAGCUGAGCUCGGAGAUGAAUACGUGUCGAGGGGAGCUCUCGGAGAUGGAGAAGGAGCUGCUGAGACUGAGGAGAGACAGCAGUGCUAAAGCCUCUCAGCUCAGCCAGAUGGAGGAGGUGCUGCAGGAGACCAGGGGGCUGCUGGACAAGAAGAGCGAAAUGGUGAAUGAUCUGGAGGAGAAGCUCCACCGCAGUGAGAUGGACCGGAGGAACUCCCUGCAGAGGGCGCAGCUGCUGGAGGGGCAGCUGCAGACGGUGCGAGGGGAGCUGGUGGACACCAUGGAUCACCUGCAGGAGCUGCGAGACGUCCUGCAGCGAACCCAGCUGACCUCAGAGCAGCGGCAGACCACCAUCGACCAGCUCGCUGCUGAGCUCAGGGAGAGUAAGAGGGAGCUGGAGGAGAGGAAUAAUGAAGUGUUGGAUAUGGACACUGCACUAAAGGAACGACAGGGGGAGCUGCAGCAGAGAGCACAGCUGCUGGGGCAGCUGGACGUGGCCAUUAAGGAGAAAAAGCUGGAGAUGGACAGGAAGGUGGAGCAUCUGCAGGACAUUCUGGAGAAGACGGAGAAAAAGCUUAAAGAUAAAGAUAAAGAGGUGGAGUUCCUGAGCGAGAGUCUGGAUGUAGUGAAAUCUCAGCUGCAGGGGAAGGAGGAUCUGGAGAAGGCUGCUGUGGAGUACAGUCAGCAGCUGCGUGUGUGUGGUGAGCAGCUGCAGAAGACUGCGCAGGAGCUGCAGGACGCUCUCGCUCGCUGUGAUUGGCUGAGCAGGCAGCUGAAUGAUGUCACUCAGCAGACCAGGAACAAGGAAGCUGAGCUGCAGCGUCUGCAGGAUCAGGUGAGCGCAGGUGAGCAGCGGCGGCUGCAGGACGAGGCUCGGCUGCAGGCGACGGUCAGCGCUCUACAGCAGCAGCUGCAGCAGCAGAGUGACCAGCACCAUACUGAGGAAGCUGAGCUGCAGCGUCUGCAGGAUCAGGUGAGCGCAGGUGAGCAGCGGCGGCUGCAGGACGAGGCUCGGCUGCAGGCGACGGUCAGCGCUCUACAGCAGCAGCUGCAGCAGCAGAGUGACCAGCACCAUACUGAGCUCUCCGCUCUGCAGCAGACCCGAGGGCAGCUCCUGAAGGUCUCGGAUCAGAUCUCCAGCAGUCUGCGCAGCUCCCAGGAGCAGCUGACCCAGCGUCUGCAGCUGACCAGAGAACAGCUGGACCAAUCCAAAGCUGAAGCUGCUAAACUCAGAGCCCAACUUUCAUCCACUGAGCAGCUCCUGCAGGACGCUAACGAGACCCUGCUCAUUAAGGAGUCUGAGAUCACACGCCUCCAAGCCAAGAUCUCCAGCUUAGAAAGAGCCACCGAUCUCCACAACGCCACCCUCCACCACGAGUCCAGCUCCUUUCCCUCCAUCUCUUCCUCUUUCAAAGAGCUCCAGCCGUACUUCACCUCCCACAAGCACCACCACGACCACCUCAGCAGCCGCUCCAGCCUCUGCUCCUCCACCUCCUGGAGGAACGCCUCCUCAGACUCCUCCCUGGAGCUCUCGGAGAGCGUGAAGGCCGGCGUACAGGCGGCGCUCAGGUGCCCCAGUUCUGUAGCUGCAGACUGGCAGGGCCUGAGUAACCCUGACCUCAGCGCUACUUCAGAUACCACCUUUAACCCCCUCACCUACAUGCUGGACGGAGGAGAGGCGGAGGAACCGGAUAUGGAGACGCUCUCCGGCAUGUUGAAGUUCGUUAACCAGACGCUCGCCCUGCAGGAGCAGCACUCGCUCAGCAGCUCACACUUACAGGACCAUAAUCAAGACGGAUGCCGUUUUAAAGAAGACGUAUCUUGACGAGCUAAUUUCGAAAGAUUUGAAGACUACAGAGUGAACUGUGGACUGUGAUUGGUCAACAUGUACAUAUAGUCCUGAUAGAUACUUGAAUAUAAUCUUAAAUUUUCUUUUUAUAUUUGUUUUUGUGUGUUUUUGUAUUUUGUAGCAACAUUUUAUAUGUAAAGUUUUAAUAAAUUAAAUUAGAGUUAAUG